AUGGCUUCCUCUGUGCCAGUCUCCCCUUUACGUCUCCCCUCGUCAUUCAACUUCGCGACAGACGUGGUGGAAUACUGGGCGCAAAAGGAUCCCUCGCACGUCGCCCUCUACUGGACCGAUCAAUCGUUGUCCACCACCAAGCAACUAACCUACAGCCACUUCGCGCGGCAGUCGCGGCGCAUCGCAUCGCUUUGGGCCACGCUGGGCAUCAAGCAGGGCGACACGGCCAUCAUCAUCUCGCCCCGGAUUCCGGAGUGGUGGGAAAUCGGCUUAGCAUGUCUUCGGGCAGGCGUGGUCAUGUGUCCAUGCACGACACUCCUCGUGGACAAGGACAUUGAAUACAGGCUCCAAGUCUCCCACGCGACCACCUUCAUCGGGGACGCCACCUCUGUGGCCAAAUGUCUUCGGGUGAGCUCGAAGUGCCCCAAUUUGAGGACUAUCAUCCAGCUCGACGGCGUGGCAGACACAGGAGCAGGCGUGAUUGACUUCCACGCCGCACUUCACAAGAUCCCCUCGGAUGCGCCGUUCCGCGUGCCAGCCUCCCUGGGCCCCCAAUCGCCCGGCAUGAUCUUCUUCACGUCCGGCACGACGGGCCCGCCCAAGAUGGUGCUGCACACGCAGACGUCGUACCCGCUCGCGCACGCCCUGACGGGGAUGCACUGGCUCGACCUGGCGCCAGGCAAGAUCUACUGGAACCUGUCGGAGCAAGGGUGGGCCAAAGCCGCGUGGGCGUGGCUGUCGACGUGGAACUGCGGGGCCUCGCUGUUCGUGCACGACGACAGAUUGCCCUUCCACCCGCGGCGCACGAUGCAAGUGCUCAACAAGUUCCCCAUCACGACACUGUGCGCGCCGCCCACGGUCUACAGACAGCUGGUGCUCGAAGAGAACCGGCGGUAUUUCGCGACAGCCGAAGGCAAGCCGAGGGCGCUCACCCACUGCUGUGGCGCGGGGGAGCCGUUGAACGAGAGCGUGGUGCGCACGUGGAAGGAGAUGACGGGGGGGAUCGAGAUCUUUGACGCCUACGGCCAGACCGAGACGAUCGUCGUGUGCGCCAACCAGAAGGUCAACAAGGUCAAGCCGGGGAGCAUGGGCAAGCCGGUGCCGGGGGUGCCGCUUGUGGUUGUGGACGCGGAUGGCAACGUCACGGACCCCGGGGUCGAGGGAGAUAUUGCGAUUGAGAUCUCGGGAUCGGGCUCCCACCACUUCUUCGGCUUCUUCGAGGGAUAUAUCGACAAAUCGACAGGGAAGAUCGACAACAAGAUCAAGACCCUCGCGAAUGGCAAGAAGUUUUUCCUGACAGGCGACCGCGCCAGUCGGGACCAGGACGGAUAUUUCUGGUUCGUGGGAAGGGCUGACGAUGUGAUUAACUCGGCGGGCUACAGGAUAGGCCCCUUCGAAGUCGAAUCCACCCUCAAACUCCACCCCUCCGUCGUCGAGUCCGCGGUCGUCGGCUCCCCUGAUGCCACGCGCGACGAAGUCGUCAAGGCGUUCGUCGUGCUGACGGACAACGCGGCGGCGCGGAUCGCCGGUGACGCGGAAGCAGCAGCCGAGCUGACGCGCGAACUGCAGGAAUUCUGCAAACGUAAUGCGGCGCCGUACAAGUAUCCUCGCAAGAUCGAGUUCGUGGAGGCCGCGUUCUUGCCCAAGACUAUCAGUGGGAAGAUCAAGCGGGCGGAGCUGAAGAUGUUGGAGAGGAGGCGUUAUCAGGAAGAGAAUGCGAGGUCGAAGUUGUGA